AUGGGCACUUGUUUCUCUACGAGUUUCCCGGCGCCGGUAUUUGGUGGAAGCGCGCCAUCGCCGCCUCACACCGCCACCAGCGGCCUCUUUGGCGGUUUUGGGGGAACCAGCACCGCCUCUCCGAUCUGGAAUUGUCAGCAAGGAAACACCACAUCUGGGGUGCUCUCGUUCGGUGGACUGACAGGGUCAUCCUCCUUGUUUUCGAAGCAGCCGGCUAAUCUGCCCUCUGCCUCGAACACGCCAGGCACAGUGACCUUUGGUCUGGCGCAAACCUCAGGUGGAUUUUCUUUCACACCUGCACCACGCCCUGCAGGCACCUGCCACUCCCAAAUUGUGCCCACACUGGAGCGUGAUGCCAGCGGCAAAUGCACCUCCGGCACUAGCCAUCACGUUGGCUUCAAUGACCCUUUCAUUGGGGUCCAGCAGGAAGUACUGAGGUGGGAGGACUAUCAGCUUGGGAACACUGGCCAUGGGCCUCUGGCACAGCCCCAAGAAGCACAGAAGCCCACUGGCAUGCGGAGUUUUUCAUCCCAGCCAUCCCUCUUUGGUAGGCUGGCCAGCUUUGGGACAGCAGCCACUCCCCUACACGGCGCAGGCCACAACGAUUCUGCCUUUGGUCCAAAUGCAGGGAUGUCGACCACUGGAGGUCUCUUUUCCAGCCCAUUUGGCACUGCAUCUUCCCAGGCACGGUCUUUGUGGGGCUCGGCAUCGACACAGGCAUCGACAGCUUCCACAGGUUGUGGUUUCGGUUGGAAGCCACUGCAACCAGUGCAGACAACACAAACCUCCUCUGCAGGUACACCACAGAGGUCGAGCUUGUUUGGCAAUCCAGACACGGUGCCAAGAGACAACUGGUUCGGGGGCAGCAGCAGAACAUUUCCAUCUGCCCCACUUCUUGGGUGCCAUUCGGUACCGUCUGGCAUGUCAGCCGGCAGCACCCCAGCAUUCGGCUUGGGGGCAUCGAAUCUAACAUCACAGAGCUCAAUUGCCCCAGGGCCAACCGGUUGCAAUGGGACAACCUGGUUGGGAGCUCCAACCACACUGAGAGAUUCGAAUUUCGCUGCUUCCAAUGCUGGAGACAGCGUGCGCAUGCCACCAGCAGCAUCGAUGCCUUCAAUCUUCAGAACUUCGCCACAGGAGCCACAUCCAGUGGGGCAGCCAGGCCUCAGUCUGGGGUUAACGCCAAUGCCAUCUGCACCUGCAAUGCCACAACCACCGCCACAGAGGUUCCCCAAGACCUCCAGCUUUUGGUCUCCCAGGACUCGGACUGGAUCUGGCCUCUACCCAACUGCUGAAGCUCCAGGAAAGGGACAGUCACAGGUUCCAAGUGCUGGUUUGGGUCUCUGUGCAAUUGUUCAGGCUCCAGGACAGUCGCAAGCACAGAAUGAUGGAUCGGGAAUCUUUACAGCUUCUGAAAGUGGUCAGCAGCAACAAGCGCAGAACACUGGUUCGGGACUCUUUGCAACUGCCCAAACUCCAGGACAGUCGCAAGCACAGAGUGAUGGAUCGGCUCUCUUUGCAAAUCCUCACAUUCUGGGACAGGCGCAAGCCCAGAAUGUUGGAUGGGAGAGUGCAAAACCUCAAACUGGUGGGCAGCCGCAAGUGCAGAGUGCUGCAUCGGGGCUCUAUGGAACUGCUCAGACUGCAGGAGAGUCACAAGCACAGAGCGUGCUUCAGCAGGAUUCUGCUGCGGCUCCUACAUCUCCGCAUAAGAUGCCCUAUGGGGGGAACCCGCUCCCACAGCUGCCAGACCCAGAGGGAUGGACUGCAUCGAGAGCACCAUCAAACCCUGCAGCAUCACAGCAUGCACCAAUGAACUGUGGCCAACGACCGCACUGCCUCACCCAUCAGGCGCCCUUGCAUAUCCCUCCUGUCAGCCCUCGCCGAAUGGCUUCCAGGCGGCCAUCCAAGUUGCCCUCCAAGCUGUAUACGGACACAGAAUCACUGUUCAGUGAUCAGCUGUGGUGCGGGAUGUCUUCCACAUCAAGACCAGCCGACGAUCCCCUUUUCAAGCCGCAGGAGGUGAAAGACAGCUUUGACUUUUGGGACAUGAGGGCCUGCCUUGAGAGGACCGAUGCAUCGCCUUCCCUGUUGAUUGACUGGAAGAACAGGGAAGUGACUAUGAGAAUGGCCAGCAGCAAGGAGCACGAUCGGUGUGGCGAGGAAAGCGCGGGACAGCCGGUGCGCCUGACAAUCGUCGGCGGCCCCUCAACUGGCCAACUUUCUGAAGGCGAGAUUACCAAGCUGCUGCCCCGAAUUCGAGAUUCGGAAUACUACACCAGGCCUGAUGCACGGGGCCUCGCCAACAUGCUGCGCGGCGACGGGUGCGCCCUAAAGCGGGUUCACGGCCUCACAGUGGGGCGCAGUGGUUAUGGGGAAGUGAAGUUUCUGGAGCCCGUCGACAUCGAGGGCAUUGACGUCUGCGAUACUGUCACGAUCUCCAGAGGGAUGGUAUCGCUGUACGAGACCUGGCAGAAGCCUGAUGUCCCAGCGGUUGGCGAAGGGCUCAAUCAGCCUGCCGAGGUGAGGCUGCUCGACAUCUUCAAGAGAGACAAGAAGGGAGCCGUGGCGGACGACGACUGCGCCAAGGCGGCAUUUGAGCGCAGACUUGUGAAGUACUGCAGGAAGGUUGGCGCCGAUUUCGUGAGCUAUGACCGAGAGGAAGGGGUAUGGAUCUUCAGGGUCAACAACUUGGCUUGA